AUGUGUAACUGCGGAGACACAGUGAGCUGUUGCCUGCCGCCCUCCUUCUCGACCCGAACGAGCGAAACCGGUCCUUCAAAACUUCUCGGAUUCGCUGACAAGAUCUACGUUGUCUCACUCCCCCGACGCCCGGACCGGCGGCAGCAAAUAGAGCGCCUCAGCGUUGCUUUGGAUUUCACCUUCGAGUAUCUCGAUGCGGUGGAGCUGGACCCAUUCGCAACGGAGUCUAUGCUUGACCGCAUUAUGGAUCAGCGCGUAAUAACGCAACGCAACGGUUCUACCUUCGCCUGGCCCAAAGACGCGGACGACGUAGCUCGCGGACUUGCACCCCUUGGCCUCGAUGGAGCAGACCUAUGGCGCAAACACAUACGUGAACCGAGGCUGAACACGACCACGGGCAAGUACGCACCUUUGACAUGUUCGACGGAGAACAAUGCAGUCAUCCCUUGGACGCCCGAACUACCCGAUUACAAGCUUCUGACUCCAGGCAAACUAUCUUGCUGGUACUCGCAUCUCCUUGCCAUACGCUCUGUAGCGAACGCUGUCCAAUCUGCUGACCACCCAACAAUGCUGGAUGACGUUGACAUGGAACACGACAUCCACCAAACCAUCAAGAUGCUCUGGCCGUCGCUUCCUGCUUCGUGGGAUAUAGUCUUUCUAGGCCACUGUUGGUCGAACGAAACCAGCAACCCUCCGCUGCCCGUUUAUUCCCCUUGCUUCCGAUCCUCACGUUGGCUUAAACCACCUUUCGCCCUCCCCUUCACAAGCGAUGACCAGCAUCACCGGCUACACCCGUCGCAUGCCCCGAAAUGCACCCAUGCCUACGCGCUGAGCCGCACCGGUGCACGCAGGCUAUGGGCACACCUCCGAUACGCGCCGUUCGCCUACUCGCGCGCGCUGGACCAAGCGAUCGCCUGGCUCGUGUCGAGCGGGAGAUUGAGCGCGUUCUCGGUCGUACCGAGUCUCGUCGUGCAGAUGAAGAUUGGUGCGAGCGACGUCGCUCAGGGACGAGAUGGUCGAGGAAGCGAAUGGCGAGAAGAGCUGCAGCAUGGAGUUCUCACGGGGAAAGAGCAGCAACCCUGA